AUGGACCUGCUUCAGAAAAGCAAGUACAGCCACUUCCGAAAUGACUCCAUCACCUCCCUGGACGAGGUGGGGGCAGAACUGGCGGCCUCCUCGCCCCUCUCCUCCUCCUCCUCCCCCACCUCUCCCCUCUCCUCCUCCUCCUCCCUCGCCCCCAUACUGCCCAUCGGCGAACUCUUCGAGCCCGAGGACAGCCCCACCACGCUCUGCUCGUUCUUCCCCAGGAUGGCCGGCAACCUCAAGCUCUCCAACCCGGCCAGCCUGCUCCACCUGAGAGGCUUCUCCGGCGGGGCGAAGGAGGACGAGGAGGAGGAGGAGGAGGGCGGAGGCGAGGACCCCAGCGGCGACAGCAUCCCCGGCGACCCCAGCAUGCCCGAGUCUAGACCUCUGCCUCUUUUCUCUCGCCCCAUGCAGGACAUGAACAAGCUCGGCUGCGGAGGGAAGAAGACGCGAGUGGAGGGCGGGCAGCUCGGCGGGGACGAGUGGACCCGCCACGGCAGCUUCGUGAACAAGCCGAGCCGCGGCUGGCUGCACCCGGACGAGAAGGUGAUGGGCUCGGGGGUGUCGUACCUCGUCAGAUACAUGGGCUGUGUGGAAGUACUCCAAUCUAUGCGAGCGUUGGACUUCAACACCAGGACGCAGGUCACAAGGGAAGCAAUAGGUGUGGUCUGUGAAGCUGUGCCGGGAGCUAAAGGGGCAACCAGAAGAAGGAAGCCCUGCAGCCGGUCCCUCACCACCAUCCUGGGGAAGAGCAACCUGCAGUUCGCCGGGCUUCCCAUCACCCUCACCAUCUCCACCAGCAGCCUCAACCUCAUGGCGCCCGACUGCAAGCAGAUAAUUGCCAACCACCACAUGCAGUCCAUAUCCUUCGCCUCGGGAGGAGAUCCAGACACCGUCGAAUACGUCGCUUAUGUUGCCAAAGAUCCUGUGAAUCAAAGAGCCUGCCACAUCCUCGAAUGCACUGACGGGUUGGCGCAGGACGUGAUCAGCACCAUAGGGCAGGCCUUUGAGCUGCGCUUCAAGCAGUACCUGAAGAACCCGCCCAAGCUUGUGACCCCGCACGACAGGAUGGCAGGAUUCGACGCCUCAGCGUGGGACGAGGAGGAAGACGAGCAAGCGGACCAUCAGUACUAUAAUGACUUCCCGGGCAAGGAGCCCCCCCUCGGUGGGCUGGUGGACGUGAGGCAGCGGGAAGGGGUGGGGGCGCCUAGGAGCUUGGCUGUGUCUCCACAGCUGCCCAACCACAUGGGGGCCACACUGCCCGUGGGCCAGAUGUCAGGGAAUCUCUACGACAUGCGCUCCUCCGACUCUCAGAAGCAGCCGAGCACGGUACAAGGUGCCGGCCCGCAGAGGUUCGCCCAGCCCGGGAUACCAAGUGUGAAGAGCAGCAGUCGUUCUGACCUGUUUGACGACCCGUCGUAUGUCAACGUGCAGAGCCUGGACAAAGGGAAGCCCCACCCUGCCGGCAGUCACACCAACGGCAGCGCUCAGAAGGACAUCUUCGACAUGAAACCGUUUGAAGACGCGCUGAGGGCUCCCCACCAGCUGCCUCUUGCCAGCAGCCCUCCCACGCACAUCACAGCCUCCAUGGAGGAGCAGCUGCUCAAGGAGAUCUGGUACCAAGGCAAGAUGAACCGCAAGGAGGCCGAGAAGCUGCUGCGCUCCAACGGCGACUUUCUGGUCCGUGAGAGCACCACCACCCCCGGCCAGUACGUGCUGACCGGGCUGCAGAAUGGCCAGCCCAAGCACCUGUUGCUCGUCGACCCAGAGGGAGUGGUGAGGACGAAGGACCACAAGUUUGAGAGUGUGAGCCACCUGAUCAGCUACCACAUGGACAACCACCUGCCCAUCAUAUCGGCCGGCAGUGAGGUGUGCCUGCAGCAGCCAGUGCAGCGAAGGCUGUAGUCAGGGAGCCGUCAGCUGACCGGGAAGGCGGACACUGGGCCACAGGAGGAACUACAAUCACGUCAAAGCAGAUUCUGUGUUUUCUUCCAGACUGAAGUGCUGCUAAUUUUUGAAAAGUUUUCCUUCGGACCGAUGCUGGAUAUUGCAAUGGCCUUCACAGCAACAUGGGACGGCCACGGACCGUCUGAUGUCCGUGGUCACAGAGGCAACCCUCCACUCACUGGAGGCCCUGUACUCCCAACCCAGGGAAAUGUUGGAUGGUUUCCAGUAACUUUGCACCUUCGCUUAAACAUUGGGUGGGAGGUUAUACUCCUCUGGUCCAAUUCUGCUCUCCUUCUCACUGUCAUCCUCUCCCCCUCCCUCUCUGCCCUCCCCUCUCUCCCUCUCUGCCCCCUCUCCCUCUCUGCCCCCUCUCUCUCUGCUCUCUCUGGCCCCUCUCUCUGUCUCUCCACCUCUCUCUCUGUUUCUGCCCUCUCUCUCUCUCUCUGCCCCUCUCUCUCUGCCCCCUCUCUCUCUGUCCCCCUCUCUCUCUCUGCUCCUCUCACUCUCUCCCCCCUCUCCCCCAAUCACAUCCCCACCGCUGUACAAUUGGAUCCCUCCUCUCUGGAUACUGAUGAGGGAGGAUUGGCAUCAGGAGCACAGGCACAGAGGGAGGAGGGACAAACUACCCCCUCCCAUAUGCUGCACUGUGUUUGGAGGGUGGUGGUGAGGGGGGAAUACUUCACCCGGGGCAGAGCUGUCUCCUGACUCUCCAGAUAAAGGUACCAAACUGUGCAGAGGAACCCCGACUGGGGCCAAACAGGACUGGGGUUCGGGGGGUGGGAGGAGAACAAAAAGUCCUGAUCACUGUCCUUCUGUAAAGCUAUGAAGGCACCCUGUUUGGCGAUGCCUCUGGCGGUCGAAGAGCCUUGUAACUCCAGAUUCUGGGCCUUGUAUGAGGUACUUGGGGAGGGGGUUGGGGGGGUGGAUUAGGGGGAGUUGGGGUUCAGCUACAAGCCCGGAGAGUAGCCCGGUCUCCCUGGGAGGCUGUGAUGGGGCUCUGUCCACAAUCUGUUCGGUAACCUGAGCACUGGGGAGGUGGGUGUCCUGGGGUCCCAGUAACUGCACCCUAGAACCUCCUCUCCCCAAUGAAGCCAGAGAGGUAGAGCAGCAAGCCGUCUGAUCUGGGCUGCAGGUGGCCACACCUCCCCACCCCACCGGUGACCCCUCCACCCGGGGUUUGCCCAGAAUUCCCACACCACGGCUGCUCAGCCGCGCGGAAAACCGGUCUCCAACUCUCCAGGGCACCCUGAUCCCUUCGCGCCCACACCCCCUGCCCCGGCUCGAGGUAUCCCACUCCCCGGUGCAGGAGAUGGGAUGGGUGCGGAGAGACCACCACAGGCCUGCAAUGGCCCUGUGGCCCUGCCAAUCAGGACACCCUGGGGGGAGGCGGGGUGCCUCCUGAAGGAAAUCGCAGGUCGCGCUCCCAUGGCAGAACAAGGCGGCACUGUGGACCCAGGCAGAGCACUGGCAGGGCCGUGGGCUAGCAGGAACAGAAAGGGGCAGAAGCAUCCUCCUCCCCCACCACCACCACUCAGACCCACCUCGAUAGGCCAUUCCCUGCCUGCCGCCUUGCCAGGCUGUGGCUCGCGGGUUGGCGCUGGCUGGGGUGGGGGGGGGUAGAGGCUAGCCUGUUUGUGGGAUCUUCCUGUGCACUGUCAGGAGGGACUGGUUUGGUGGGGGGGGGGGGGUGGUGGGGAGCCAAUUGCAACACACGCACACUGUGGGCACCAAAAGAAGUGAGACCGUGGGCGCGGAGGGCCCCUGUCACGCAGUCAAACUACCCCCCCACCCCCCAAUGUUUAAAGCCCUCCUCCCGCCAGCUCCCGACUCCAAAGAUUUUGAGUCAGGCUCAAGACGAUUGCCUGGAGACAAUCCGAUGGGAAUAGCUCUGCCUUCCCACCCUCUCCCACACCCCUGCUCUCUCUACAGACGUUAGUAUUAACUGUACCAAGGAUGUCCAGUCCCCAUUAAGUGCUCCACCUCCAGCUUAAACCAUCAGGCUCCCUGCCUCUGCUCUGUAAUAUCUGUGCUGUUCUACCUCAAAUCCCACCGUAUCCUUUUGCUGACCACACAUCCCUCAAUCUCAGCCUGAAAGGUCCUGAACAAUGGAGCAACUGGGAUAAAGAAUUCCAAAGAUCCACAGCCCCCCUGCUAGAAGGAAUGCCUCUCAGUUUCUGAGAGUAUACCUCCCUGACCUCCGCCGUAUCAACCCCUCCAAAGAGAAAAUGACCCCUUUAUAACUUGGGGCCAUCUGAAGGGUUUUGCGGGCAGUUCCUGUGUCCUGCCCAAGGUCAGGAACGACAAGCUUAUAUUUAAUUGUAAGAGCAGCGUGAAUAUUUCUCCCAGGAGAUCGGUACUCAGGAAACCAAAAAAUCCCGUGCGGGACCCAAGCACACAAUCUGCGAAUCCUGGCUUCAGGAGCCCACGGUGUCACCAAAGUGACCGCAGAAAUCCGGCGUUAGUGCUCUUUUUGAGCAAACUCAGUUUUCCCAAGCUCGACCUGCUCCCCAAGGAUCAUGGUCAGUUGCUGGAGGACACAGGGUGGAAGCUGAGCAGGGAAAGGAGCGGUGUUAAACCGGCAUCAGGUCAAGCAGUGAAGGAGAACGUCUACCCAGGGUCACACUGGAUGGAGGUAGCACCCUCAGUGCCAAUGCCAAUCAUAUUUUCAAGAGUAAUUUAGUGCAAUAUUUUGAGGUAGGGCCACUGUAAAGGGAUCCCACAUCAGUAUCUAACCUGUGCUGCCCCUGUCCUAGAAGCGUGUGAUAUGGCAGUGUAGAGGGAGCUUCACUCUGUGUCUGACCCCGGGAGUGUGUGAUGGGACGGUGUAGAGGGAGCUUCAGCCUGUGUCUGACCCCGGGAGUGUGUGACGGGAAGGUGUAGAGGGAGCUUCACUCUGUGUCUGACCCCGGGAGUGUGUGACGGGACGGUGCAGAGGGAGCUUCACCCUGUGUCUGACCCCGGGAGUGUGUGAUGGGACAGUGUGGAGGGAGCUUCACUCUGUGUCUGACCCCAGGAGUGUGUGAUGGGACGGUGUAGAGGGGAACUUCACCCUGCGUUUAAACUGAUCACACCUCCCCACAGCAACAGAGCCCUGCAUCUUUCCCCAAGGAUUACCUGCUUCAUCUCACCUUGCUGCCUAGCAGGAAACACAUAGAGCCUCCUAAACUCCACGCCCACACACCUCCCUCCCCAACCAGCUCAUCAUACUUCAUCAUACUUCAUCAGGUCACAGUCACUGAAGUUUGCGCAGAAUGAAACAGCAGAGAGAGAGAGAGUUUCGAAGAUGUAGCCCAGCGAGAGGCCAUUCCCCCCCAUGUCCCUGCUAGCUCUUCAGAAGAGCAUUCCCAACUUCCCGAGUGCUUCGAAAACGAUGAUCAGGUCUGCCUCUGCAAUCCUGAUUCCACCUUGACCCUGACACCAGUGAGCUUGGUCUCCAAAGUUUGGUUGGUUGAUGGUUUGAAUGCUGUGCUCUUGGUGAGCGGGUCAAACCCCCGUGGGCAGGGUGGGGUCAAACCCCCGUGGGCAGGGUGGGGACCGUGCACUGGUGACUGGACGAGGACUAGGGUCCUCUGGCGACGAAUUGGCCGUGCCUUCCUGCUCUGGGCCCGUGUAUGCCAGGAGCAGACAGGGCUGCCAAUUGAAACACACCGUCAGCCUCGGCAACUCUGAAAGAAGCCAGACACGAGACGACAUUCGCUGGAAUCUGGAGCAACAAACAAUCUGCUGGAGGAGCAGCGGGUCGAGCAGCAUCUGUGGAUGGAAAUGGACAGCCGACGUCUCAAUUUGAGACCCUUCACCUGGACUGGGCAGCAUCCAUGGAGGUAAAUGGACCAGUGCAGAUGAAGGGUCCCUCUAGUUCUAGACUCCCCUACCUUGGGGGGGGGGGGGGGGGGAAGACUGACCGUCCGCCUUAUCUGUAGCCCUCAUGAUUUUAUAAACCUCUGUACCGUCACUACCGUUGGCGCUCCAGGGAAAACAAUCCCAGUCUACCUCACCUUUCUGUACUGGCUAUCUCCCCCUCGUUCUUUCCAGUCCAGAUGAAGGGUCUCGACCCGAAACGUCGACAGUCCAUUUCCCUCCACGGAGGCUGCCUGACCCACUGAGCUCCCACAGCAUCUUGUGUGCUGCUCCGAAAGAAGCGAGUUGGUCCGGGGAGCAGGGGGGUCAGUGGAGGUUGCCGUUAGCUGAGGACAACCGCUGCUUCUGAGCCCCAGCCUGGUACCAUUGGCCUGCAUUUACGGUGUGUGUAACCUAGUGGUCAACCCAGGGAAACAGAAACCACUGACCUCCCAGUCAGGCUCGGGAGGGGGAAACAAGAACGGGGGGGAUGUUGGAGUGACUCCAGAACCUCGGGAUCAGGGAAGGAGCCGACCAGGACAUACCCUUCUCUGCCUACUCUCACCCUGCGCACUGAUUAAAAGCACAGCCCACAGAAGGGGCUCCACGCUGAAGAUAAGAGUUUACUCAGUCACACGCAGAAGAAUUGUGCCUUUGGCCACGUGGUGGCCUGAAUGUUUAUGCAAGUACUUUCUCCAAUCAUUUGUCUAAAGAACCUUGUAAAUAAUGUAAUUCCCUCCCUACCUCCUAUUCCUAUAACCUGCAUGUACAUUAUCUUGUAUUUCAAAGCCAAAGUGUGAUUACCACGGAUUCCUGAUUACACCUCAUUUCUUGGACUUCAUGGACUCCGAUCCAAAAUAUGCAUUGUACACUCAAAGUUUGUGGAAUAGUUUUUAAACAAAUAUUUUAUCGGGG